AUGACGAUUUCCCAUUCUGCUUCCUCCUCCGCUACCGAGCAGCAGCCAAGAAAUCCGACCGAGAACUCCCCAAUCUCCCAUUCACUCAAGUUCGUCGUGUCCAAUCUCAAGACUCUCGUUCCGCAUCAAUUAUCACCGGAUAACUAUCCUAUAUGGCGUCACCAGAUUCUCAAGCUCCUUCGGGCAAACGAUUUUGAGCAGUUCUUGGCUCCGCCCACGCAUUCCGGCAAUGUAUCCGAUCCAGACAUUGAUUCUGUCAUCAAGAAUUGGAAGAUUACUGAUGAGAACCUUCAAGCUGCGGUCUGCUCUACCAUUUCUCCGGCGGUGCUACCCUACAUCAUCCACCUCGAUACAACUCACGAAAUAUUGCAGGCUCUUGAAAGCCAAUUUCAGGCCACUAGCCGCUCCAAAGUUAUACAGCUUCGCAAUGAACUUCAUCAUGUGUUGAUGAAAAACCUUUCAAUGACGCAAUAUCUCACCGAGAUCAAGAAACUCGUCGAUCAAAUCGCCUCUGCCGGAUCCUCCAUCGACUCCAAAGACAUUAUAUUACAUAUCUUGAAUGGAGCGCUGCUCGCCUUCACACUGAUACGUUACAGCAAUCUGCUCUGUACUCUAACAGGGGUCGCGGUCGUAGGAACCGCGAACAUUCGUCUCAAGCAUCACAGUUUGUUUCUCGCACUGGACAGUAGCAGUCGCUCCCUGUCUGCCAAAUUUGCCUCAAGAAAGGGAAUACGACCGAUGUAUGCUGGCAUCGGAUGA